AUGAGCUCAUUUGCUUUCUGGAGCAGCGACGACGAGGACGAUAAUAGUCAUGCUGAUCGCAGUUUGGUUCGCCUGGAUCGACGAAGGCUACGCGAUAGGUCAAAUCCUUUCGAUUUGCCUCACGAAAAGUUUGUAAAAUACUAUCGAGUAUCGAAAGAACUUUUUAAUUAUAUUUUUAAGAUUAUCGAAAAAAAUAUCAAAAUAUAUACAAGAUCCUCAUCGAUUUCACCCUUAAUGAAACUCUCGGUAACGUUAAGAUUUCUAGCCGAAGGUUCCUAUCAAAAAGGUGUUGGCAAUGAUAUUUUUUCAGGAAUGGCACAAUCAUCGGUGUCAAAAUCAAUAUCAAGUAUUAUAGACAUUCAAGAAACUGAAAUCUGUCCGAAGGUUAUACAGUUUCCAAUUCGAGAAGCUGGAAAAGACGCGAUAAAGCUCGGAUUCUACCAGAAAACAGGAUUUCCUGGUGUAAUAGGAUGUGUGGAUGGCACACACAUCAAAAUCAUUCCACCUCCUGUGGAUGCUCAACAUCUUUAUUAUAACAGAAAGGAUCACAGUUUGAACGUCAUGGUGGUGUGCGACGAUAAGCUGCGAAUCCGUAACGUCGAUGCAAACAAUCAGGGAGCAAACCAUGAUUCGUUUAUCUGGGGAAACAGUGGUCUGAAAAUGUUUUUGUCUGACAAGUAUGACAAUGGAGAACGGAAUACUUGGCUUCUAGGAGAUGCAGGUUACCCGUUGAGUCCUUACUUACUGACACCUUUUCGUUCGACUAUCCGAAGUCCAAUGUGUAUAAGAGAAGCAAAGUUCAACGAAGUACAUUCUAGAACAAGGAUGACGGUAGAACGAUCAAUCGGAGUUCUAAAGAACGUAUUUCGUUGCCUCUUAGGUGCACGUCAACUGCACUAUAAACCGGAAAAAGCUGCGAAGAUUGUAAACGUUUGCUGCGCUCUUCACAAUCUCAGAAUUGAUUUUAAUGUGCCAUUGGACGAAUCGGAUUCGCUACCCUUACCAACAGAUGCGUACGAUAAUUAUGUAACGUAUGACGAAAGGAAUAUUGAAAGAACGGCCGUGGAGACACGCCUUAUCGUAAUGAACUCAAUAGUAUAA